AUGAGGUCUUUUCCGCACGUCCGGAGCCCUUGGCGCAUACGUCACAACUAUCAUGCAGUUGAACCCAGGGUUCAACUUCUACCGUAUAUCCGAUGGUUGAGAGAUGAUAGACAGGGGGGGUAUAUCCGUGGAGGGACCCUAGCCACGUGCUGGGUUGAACUGGAACAAUCGAUUCGGCCGGAUCCUUCAGAGGAGGAUGGAUCAUACGGUAUACCUGAUGGCCGUUACCAUUCUGCUAUCCGUGCACGGUCUUCCCUAAACGUCCGACCCGACAAGACAUGGCAAUUGUAUGAUCACUCUCGUUUAUGUUUCUCGGGAUGGCUGGCUGGUGGUAGUGGACUGACGCGACACCCCUCCCCUUCCCUCCCUCAGUGCAACGAGACUGCCGGGAGUACAAAUUAUUAUUAUUACAGGAAUUCGGAACCGAACUGCAAAUCGUCUUCGAACCCAAACCGACGAACUGCCAAUUCCGGGAGGAAUGUUCGGGCGAUCGUUUUCUUCGGCCGAAGCGGUCAUUCUUCGGCCGGGCAAGGAAGCUGCCUGAUCCGCGAGUCAAGCUCGUCGUCAAACCCAAGACGCCGCCGCAGCAGCAGCAGCAGCAGCAGCCCAUCUUCAUCGCCAUCCAACUUCCGCCGCGAGGGGGGACUGCUUCUCACGCCCCGGUCCGCCCAUCUCUCCGCUACAAAUACCCGCCCGUUGCCUGGCCUCGCCUCGCCUCGCCCUACCCUCAACAAACCCCCCUCACUACUCCCGGGAGCUGAACGAACCAAACCCCCCCCCCCCAACCUCCCUCUUGCUAUGUCUGGAGAAUUCUGCAUCCUGCUCGAUUCUUCCACCCCCUCACACCGCUAG